AUGUCAUCUGACAAGUCCAUGAAAGCCGCUGCCGAGCUUGAGAAAAUGUAUGAUGACAAGUUCACCAAAAGUGAAUAUAAGGACAUAUAUGUUGGAACCACCGUCCUUGGAUUUCGGAACGGAAGUCUGAUUGGCGAGGUCAAAUCUGAAUUCAAAAAGAAGGUCAAGAUCGAAAAGAAGAAACCGGCGGAUACAACGUCUGAAACCACAACACAAGCUACAAUCGAACUGAGCGCAGAAGACCUGGGGCUUAAAAUGGAAGUUGUAAUGAGUGUCAUCGAGACGAUACCAGGAAUAAAGCCCAACGCAUUUUCAGAGAUAGACGAGUGUGACUCCAGCCCGUGUCAGAAUUCCGGAACAUGUGAAGACCGCAUCAACCGAUAUGUGUGCCUUUGUCCUCCUGGCUAUUCUGGGAUAAACUGUGAAACAGACAUUGACGAGUGUGACAGUUCCCCGUGCAAGCUCGAAAGUAUCUGCAAGGACUCGGUGAAGAACUACACGUGCACGUGUCGGCCUGGCACAACCGGCAGGAACUGCGAUAUAAAUAUCGACGACUGUACACCCAAUCCAUGUGUUCAUGGCACGUGCAAUGAUGGACUGAAUGGGUACACAUGCACCUGUAAUCUUGGGUACACUGACAAGAACUGCACAACUGGUGUGGACGUUGUUGAUACUAAAAUAUGCAUACAUUCACAUAAAGGAUUGCCAGCGCCAGAGCAUAUUGACGACUGCGCCUCCCUCCCAUGUAUGCAUGGCAACUGUACGGAUAAAGUAGCAGGGUUUACAUGCUCUUGCUACCCUGGAUACUCCGGCACAACCUGUCAAACUGACAUUGACGACUGUGCCGGUGUUGUGUGCCAAAAUGGAGGCACCUGUAGGGACAUGGUCAAUGGCUUCAUCUGCAGCUGUGCACAUGGCUUUGUGGGCCUUAUGUGUGAAACUAACAUAAACGAUUGCAAUUCAAGCGUCUGUCAAAAUGGUGCCACUUGUGUCGAUCUUGUUAAUGACUACCGAUGCAACUGUGCCGCUGGCUACAAGGGGGAUUACUGUGAAAUUGAUAUGAACGAGUGCUCUCCAAAUCCAUGUAUCAAUGGAGCUUCCUGCAUUGAUCAAGUGAACAACUACACCUGCUUGUGUAGAGCUGGUUUUACUGGACGUAACUGCGAUUCAGGUAUGCUACUAUUGCACGAUGAUUGUACGAACUACAAGCUUCAUAACAAUGCUUCUCCAUUAGAAAACCAAUACAAUAUAAACGAGUGCUCUCUUAAUCCAUGCAACAAUGGGGCCUCCUGCAUUGAUCAAGUAAACAACUUCACCUGUUUGUGUAGAGCUGGUUUCACUGGACGUAACUGCGAUACAGAUAUCAACGAAUGCAUGCCGAAUCCAUGCAAUAAUGGGUCCACAUGUGUUGACCAGGUGAACAAUUAUACAUGCGUCUGUAAAGCGGGUUUCACUGGACGUAAUUGCAAUACAGAUAUCAUCGAGUGCAUGCCGAAUCCAUGCAAUAACGGGUCCACAUGCGUUGAUCAAGUAAACAAUUACACAUGCGUCUGUAAAGCGGGUUUCACAGGACGUAACUGUGAUACAGAUAUCAACGAGUGCAUUCAGAAUCCAUGCAAUAAUGGGUCCACAUGCGUUGACCAGGUGAAUAAUUAUACAUGCGUCUGUAAAGCGGGUUUCAUUGGACAAAACUGCGACACAGAUAUCAACGAGUGCUCUCCAAAUCCAUGCAACAAUGGGGCCUCCUGCAUUGAUCAAGUAAACAACUACACCUGCUUGUAUAUCAACGAGUGCUCUCCAAAUCCAUGCAAGAAUGGGUCCACGUGCGUUGAUCAACUGAACAACUACACCUGUGUGUGUAGAGCUGGUUAUACAGGUCGUAACUGCGAUACAGACUGUUCCAAGGGUUUUUUCUCCUGUGACAACGGUCGCUGCCAGGGCAUUCUUCGGCUUUGCGACGGUGUGUUGGACUGUAAUGAUGGCUCCGAUGAACGCGGUUGUGUUUGUGAACCGCAUGAAUGGGGCUGUGCCAAGAUUAAACAGUGCAUUCCAGCCAGUCUCCGUUGCGAUGGCAACAAAAACUGCCAUGACGUCACUGACGAAUAUGUCGGUUGCCAACCGCCAACACCCGCACCGAUCAUACCCUUCAUAGUAGCCCUUAACAACCUGACUAUAAACAUCACUGAAGCCCCAGUAUAUAAAGCACCGACCUGGGGUCGUUUGAUGGUAAAACGUGAGGGUAUGAGCGAGGAUUAUGGGACGGUCUGUGACGACAGUUUUGACACGAGAGACGCCUCUGUCGGCUGCAGAAUGUUGGGAUAUGGCGACAACACACCCGCCUUUUUCUACAGUGGAAGUGUAUUCAAUACCGCAUUGGGUCCCAUAUGGCUGACAAAUCUCCAUUGCACAGGCACGGAAGAAAACCUGGCCGAUUGUGUACAUGCUCAAUGGGGAAAACACCAGUGUAGUCACCAGCAAGAUGUGUAUGUUGCAUGCGGAUGGAAUUUCUUUAGAACUGAAAAUGUAACGACAACGACAAUGAGAACAACAUCGCCCCACACAACCCGCCCACCAGUUGUAGGCAAUCAGAUACGUCUUGUUGAUGGCAACACGUGCUUUGAAGGCAGAGUUGAGGUUCUUUACAACGGUAUAUGGGGCACAGUUUGUGAUGACGGCUUUGAUGCGACUGAUGCUGGUGUUGCUUGUAGAUCUCUGGGAUUUAGCGGAGCUUCUUCGCCAUGGCUCUACUUCGAUUCCUCAAACACUUACCCAAGUCAAAUCUGGUUAGACGACUUGAACUGUAUAGGCUUCGGAACAAAUCUUUGGGAUUGUAACCAUCCUGGGUGGGGAACACACAACUGCGGUCAUUCCGAGGACCAGUUUAUAAGAUGUGUUGGAAGUUGUCAGUCUUCACCAAGCGUUUCGAUCGUCAAUUGUACGCUCAGCAAUAACAUGUGUGGCUACAACGUUACUGCUGUUAAGGGCAACGUUACAUGGGCGAGGUUGUCCUCGGGAAAUGGAGGUGUCUCUGAUCCAACUACUAGCUCUGGCUAUUCCAUGUACUUCAUGAGUCCUUAUGGCAUGGAAGGAGACCGGUCAAGACUGAGCACACCGCUGUUCCAACCAUUACAUGCGCAAUAUAUGAAGGUUGAAUUCAACUACCUUGUUCGGAAAUCCUCAUACGGUAAUCUGGUUGUCUUCAUCCGAGGUGAAUCCGGUGGAAUUUACAGUGCAAACAAGCUCUGGAACAGCCGAUAUCUGAGAGUUGAAGAAGACGGGAUGUGGUUACAACAGUAUGUGAGCAUAUCCGCCGGGCACUAUUUUGAAAACAAUAGUCUUGUGUUUGAGGCUAAACUAGGACCGAAUAUGAAUUCUGCAUCACACCUUGUUGCCAUAGAUACCGUCAAUGUGCAAGCCGGCCGAUGCCAUGAAUCCUUACUGGAUGGUCCCUGCGAUUUCAACAAAACAUAUGCAUGCGGCAUGGAGGUGGUUUGCUCCAAAUGCGACCGUAACGACUUGCAGUUCAACUGGAUCUGGACCAACGGAGCCCCAUAUCUGAACAGAAUCAAAGGAGAAGGCAUGUGUUUAACUAAAUAGCUAAUCUGCGAAAGUUU